AUGGCGGAGGAGGCGGCAGCACCACCCGCAGACGCAGCGGCAGCACCACCCGCAGACGCAGCGGCAGCACCACCCGCAGACGCAGCGGCAGCACCACCCGCAGACGCAGCGGCAGCACCGCCGGCGGUCGCCGAGGGGGGGGGUGAGCCCGCAGUCGUCCCCUCAGAAGGCGGUACGACCUCUCAGCCCGCCGCUGGGGGAGGGGAGGGUGCAGCAGGGACACCUGCAGCAGCGACGAGCGGCGGGAGCGGCGGAGGGGAACCGGCGAACGACACCGCCUGGAAGCGAUCGAGCGGCGCCGCCGCCAAGGAUAACAUUGCACCAGCUCCGUCUUCGAACAUGCCGGUGAAGGAGCCGCUGGGGCCGGGGCCCUUCAGCCUUGAUGAUUUUGACGCGGGGGUAACACUGGGCACCGGCAGCUUUGGUCGGGUCCGCAUCGCGACGCACAAGACGACGCAGACGCCGUGGGCAAUAAAGAUCCUCAAGAAGGCCGAGAUCGUCCGGAUGCAGCAGGUGGAGCACAUGCUCAACGAGAAGGCUAUCCUCGGCAAGAUGAACCACCCGUUCAUCGUCAGGCUCGCGGGCACGUUCCAGGACGAGCGCAGCCUCUACAUGAUCCUCGAGUACGUCGUGGGCGGGGAGUUCUUCUCGCAUCUCAGGAGAGCGAACCGCUUCGAGAACCACGUCGGCCGCUUCUUCGCCGGACACGUGACCCUCAUGUUCGAGUACAUGCACAGCAUGGACGUCAUCUACCGGGACCUGAAGCCCGAGAACUUGCUGCUGGACCGAGAAGGGUACCUUAAGGUCACCGACUUCGGCUUUGCUAAGGUGGUGGCCUUCAAGACCUAUACCCUCUGCGGCACGCCCGAGUACAUCGCGCCGGAGGUUCUCCUCAACAAGGGGCACGGGAAGGGAGUGGACUGGUGGACCCUGGGAAUCUUACUUUACGAGAUGCUUGUCGGGCAGCCGCCCUUCGUCGACAAUGACCCGCUAAAGGUUUACCAGUUGAUCCUUGCGGGCAAGCUGGCCUUCCCGCGGUUCAUGGACAAGAACGCCAAGAGCCUGGUCAAGAAGCUCCUCGUGGCCGACCUCACCAAGCGAUUCGGCUGCGUGAAGGGAGGCGCGCAGGACAUCAAGUCCCACAAGUGGUUCACCGGCUUCGACUUCGAGGCGCUCCUCGCCCGGCAGCUUCCAGCACCCAUCGUGCCCGUGGUGUCGGGUGCAUUGGACACGUCCCAGUUCGACCCCUACCCGGACUCGGUUGAUCUGCCCGAUAUCCCCAAGUAUGACGGGGAAGACCCAUUCAACGGUUUCUAAGUAUUUGACGGGUGGACACCAACUUUGUAUUGUAAGUUGAUGGGAGAGGGAUUUUUCGGCAUCCGGGUUGUUUGUUUCUGGCGUGGUUUUUUCGUGCUGGAUGAUUGCUCUUGGUCUUCAUUCGGUCGGGCUUUCCGACACUCGUCCCCCCAAGUAAGACAGGGAUGAGACUCUCUCAUGUACUUGCCGGGGUUUCUGUCCACGCGUGUUUUAUUUAUUUUGUUGUGUAGGCGUUCGUUUUCUCGUGGGCUUUGUUUCGGCUGGCGCACUUUAGUUGUUUUGACUGGUCUGCUUGCUUCGUGUCUUGCGGACGGCCGGCUCCCGCGGGUAGGUGGACUUUGUAAGCGGACAAAAACGAACAGCCUUCUGAGCGAAUGGCCUCUUGUUAUUGCUAAUUCACAAUGAACUCGAUUAGAGAACAUGACGAUGUGGCUUUGGGUCUUCAUUUAAAAAUGUCUUUGCUGCUUGCUGGUGUGGUUCGCCUCCUAAUUUGAGUGAACGGCAGGGGACGGGAAGCGUGGGAGGGUGUUCGCGCAACAGGAGGCAUUUCCCCGAAGCGCGAAGUACUACCGUGGCCGAAGUAUUUUUCGCAGACCCUGGAAUUCUUGGCGUAUAGGUAGAGAGGGCAUUUUGCUUACGCACAUCGGGUGUCUGGUGUCUUACCAUGAUGGAUGUCCAUCUGCUUUUGCUUUCCUUCGAACUCGCCUGUCCCAGCUUAACCCGGCCGCGGGAAUCACACAUUCCAAUGUUAGCCCAAGCAUAAAUUGGAAGGAUGCUAGAAGGUACUGAGCAGAAUUCGGAACGAUUUUUUGUGUAGGUCAACCACAACCCAAGACCUUACGUUAUUCCUUCGGAGUGAUCGGAAAAAUCACUGAAAGACUGAACAUACACAGUGGUGGGGUUGGAAAAAUAAUUCGUUUUUGUGAAGUAUCGUGCUGCAACUGGUUAACUUGUUCGCUGUGCACGUGCCAUACAGACG